AUGGCCUGGGAACCAUUAACUAUAUUGAAACUUUGGGAAGUAUUUAGCGCCAUACAGCCAAAUUUCCAGACCACCUAUAUAGCUUAUCAUCACUUCCGAAGCAAAGGAUGGGUACCAAAAGCUGGUCUGAAGUAUGGAACAGAUCUUUUGUUGUACCGUAAAGGCCCUCCUUUUUACCAUGCAAGCUACUCUGUAAUUGUUGAAUUGGUGAAUGAUAAGUUUGAAGGUUUUCCACUUCGACCUCUAACUUGGAAGUCUUUGGCUGGACUUAACAGAACAACGGUUAAUGUUUCCAAGGAGCUUCUGUUUUGUUAUCUAAUCAAACCUCCCAACUUCACAGAAAAGGAUAUGACGUCCCCAGAGUGUGUCAAAGAAAUCAAAGUUCAGGAGUUGAUUGCGAGCCGCUGGGUUUCUUCCCGAGAAAGAAUGGAACAGGAUGAACUAUAAGAAGAUGGUGUAUAAGCGCCAGUCGUAGGAGCGAAACGCAUAAGAUGUCCGUGUACAAGUCGUCACAUGUUUUUAAAGCAUUUUUUAACAAAGGACUUUUAUUUUUCAACUGUUGAGUGUGGCGGCUUUUUUGGUUUCUGCACUAUAAGAUGUACGAUACAGGUUGUUAAUAAAAUAAGUAAUAAAAAAACA